AUGUUAGGCAAAGUCGUCCUCGAAGAAGCCUACGAGCGGCCUAACAUGCAAGAAAAGUCCAAGCAUGAGGCCAGUCUCUACAUUGCUCCCAAUGACCAACGACUGAAGCUAGCCGACGCACACGGCAUCGGAUACACCAUUGUCUCUCUCACCGUCCCCGGCAUCCAGGGCAUCGCCGACAAAGCCGAAGCCGAACGAUUGGCCACCGAGACCAACAACUGGGCAGCAGAGCAAAUCAAAAACCAUCGGGACCGUCUGGGCGCCUUCGCUUGCCUCUCAAUGCAUGAUCCAGCCCAAGCCGCCAAUGAGUUGCGCCGCUGCGUCCAGGAAUUAGGAUUUCACGGCGCGCUGCUGUGCAGCUUCCAGCAUGCGGGUCCAGAUGGUGAGACGUACCUGUUCUACGACCAGCCGGAAUAUGAUGAGUUCUGGAAAGCCCUUGCGGAGCUGGACGUCCCCUUGUAUAUCCAUCCUGCUGCUCCGACCGGGGUCAUCCUCGAGAAACUCUAUGCUCAACGACCUGCGCUUAUCGGUCCCCCGCUAUCGUUUGCCAACGAUGUCAGUUUACAUACGCUGGGAAUCAUCUCCAGCGGAGUCUUUGAUCGCUUUCGAAAACACAAAAUCAUCAUCGGUCAUCUGGGAGAGCACAUUCCGUUCGAUUUCUGGCGGAUUGACCAUUGGUUCCGGGACGUCAAGAAGCCAAUUGCGAAUGAGGAGGGUCGGGUCAUGGCACAGAAGAGCCUCUACCACUACUUUAAGCAUAAUAUCUGGCUUACUAUUAGUGGUCACUUCUCCACUCCGACUUUGAAGUACGUGGUCAAUGAGAUUGGUGCUGACCGGGUCCUUUUUAGCGUUGACUACCCGUAUGAAACAACCGAGAGUGGCUGUAACUGGUGGGAUCAUGAUAAGGACGCUAUUGUUGAGGCUGUUGGAGGUGUUGACAAUUAUUAUGCCAUUGGUCGGGAGAAUGCGAAGAAAUUGCUAAGGUUGGACAAGUUUCACGAUAGUGAUGCUUGA